UAAAUACAAUGUUCUUCCUAUACUACACGACCUUCAAAUACUCCACCAUCAAAGACAAAUACCUGGGUAUCUACUACUACUGCGGAAUAGCUGCUGUAAUAAUCUACUCUAUCCUCACUAUUUUCAUCAACAAAGGUUAUCUCCAGAUCGACCACUCUCCCCACGGCGCUGUAACUUUAAUAUCAGAUUCUAUUGACAACAACCUGACUCUGCCCAACAGUGAUCAUUAUUGUUGUGAGGGCCCUGAUUGCGAAGUCAAAUGUUUUCUGAUAGACGGAAAAGAGCUAGCUUGGCCGCUGGACAAGGAUUCUGUUACUAUUUCCUCUUUCUUUAAAGAAAGAUAUCAAACAAUUCUCCCGGGUCUGAAAAUAACAGAAAGCAGCGAGGAGGCUCAGUAUUUCGCUAAAAAGCCCGAAGCUAUGGAUAUCAAGGUAGAGCAUUCCGUACAUUCCAGAAAAUCCACCAAAACGGGAACUCAGCGGACCAUGCGAGGAACACUCAUGUCCCACAACGGCAGUCUUAUCAAGGAGUUCAACUCUUACGAGCGUGCUGAUAGGCUCUCUCUCAAGGACAUUAUAGACGCCUCGGGGAUGGGAUCUCUGGAUGACAUCUCGGACUCACCCAAUGGAAACAACAAAUCGUUCCGCCGGAAGGGAUGUCUGAUGUUAGUAACCAUAUUCUACCAUAACAUCCUGUCCUCAAUGCUCGGCACCACCCCUCUCAGUUACACCUACACUGUAGAAAGGGUCCCCUACACCCCUCACCGUGUAGAAGAGAUAAUCCCAAUGGUAACGCCCUCCUACUGGAACAGCAAGGUGCCCCUGAACAGCGUCACAGCGGAGGAGCGUUACACUAACCCCCAGCACAGACUCCUCCGCAAGCGUUACGGGGUUCACAUUAAGUUUGUGCAGAGUGGGGCUAUCGGGCGGUUUUCUCUGUCCCACUUGCUGCAAUGUCUCGCUACCUCCAUGAGUUUGAUCACCCUUAUCACCACAGUUGGGGAUAUUAUCGCCUUGUAUCUACUCCCUCAGAGUAAGUAUUACAGAGAGGUUAUAUAUGGGAUGCAUGAGGAUGACAUUGUUGAUCACACUCAAUCUGAAACUGAUCUCAGUAAGAGUAAGUCUGAGUAGAUAACUUUACAUUUAAUGCCCCUGUUUUAAUUUUCUUACUUUUUUGAAUCUGGCCAAAUAACGAAAUGACCAAGAUGUAGUAUAAGGUAGAGAUGUAUAAUAAAGUUUUAAAUGCUCUUGAUAUAAGUACAUAUUAUACAUUAUACUUGUGAUGAUUGUUAUCUCAGUUUGUUUAACUUUUACAUUUGACAUGUUUGAAGAUUUUUUUCCUUCAUUUCAUAGAUUUUCAGUUUUCUAACUAUUUGUGUGUUUAAAAUUUUGAUUUAUUUGCUCAUUUUGACCAGACUAUUUUUGUAUUAAUUUCGUGUGGAACUCUGAUUGAUAUAACUUAUUAAACUCUAAUAAUUUGAUUUAUCUUAGCUGAAUUAUAAAGUUCUUUAAGGGGUUUAUAAUUUCUUUUAACUGUAGUACGGUAUAAAAUGUUUAAUGAUAUUCAAUAUCUGUUCGUUCAGUGACACAACUUGUAUCACUUCUAUUAAAGAGUUAAAACUUCCGACCCAAAGCUAACAUUGUCACAUUGUAUACUAUUCCUUUAAAUGCUAAUUAAAGCGUAUUAGAUAGCAAUUAUAGCACAUUUUAUUAUAACCGUUUAAAACUAAAGUUAAUAAUUAUGUUUUAUAAUUAGCACAAGGAGAAGGGAUGGUCGUCCGGGCGUUCCUUUGCGUUUUGUUAGCUACACUAAUGCACGUUGCUCUGAUUCUUACUGGCUGGUUUGACAGAGUUACCACGGAACUGGGCUAUGAUAUGUACGCUGAAAGAGUGGACUCUGUUCCCUUUCUCCCGUUUCCCAUGCCAAUGAACACGCUUAUAAACUUUGGGUACGCUUACGCUGGGCUUGCUUGGUUACCCACUUUCUCCAAAGGUUCAGAUCUUUGGGGCGAGUCCUUCUGUUGGUACAGCAUUUUCUACAGCAUGAUGCAGCUAGCUAGGAUUGUAUACCAGACACAACGCACCGCUGUACUAGACCAGUGGAUCACUACAACUAUAUUCUGUCACGUGACACUCUGGAUUAUAUCCCUCCCCUCCUGCGACGGGAUCCUGAUUCGAUCCCUCAGAUCCCUCAACCAAAGAGCAAUCCUGAUAGUCUCCUUUCUAAGUUACUUCUUAUCGCUCUGCUCGGAGAUAGGGUUUGAUAUCGCCCUGGUUGUACACAUGCUGGCAGCAGUCCGUGUUGGUUACGAAGCUCACUUAUCCAGUGGUAAUGAUUUCAGUGGUGAUGUAUUUAGGAAAGCUUUUCUGUGCUGCCUCGGUUUUGUUGUGCUGAAAGUUGCUGAUUUGCCUCUGAGGGAGUACUGGACUCCUAAUUGUUUUUCGGGCCAUUUCUUGUCUAAGAUUUGCGAUGUGGGUCAGAUUUAUUAUGUAGCCGAGUUUGUGCAUGUUCUUACUGGUAAGAAAUCCGAAACUCUCAAAUCUGAGUGAGUAUUUAACGAUCUGCUGUCAAUUCAGUGUGAAUCAAGGCUUAAAAUAGAACAUUUUUGGCAGCAUUUUGUAGAUUAAAUUUUAAUUGGUCUAUGUUUAUUUGUAUUAUUUAGUAGUGUGGGUAAUUUAUUGAUUUGAGUUAGUCUAUUAUUGUUACUGAUUAUUAAUUGUAUCGUUAUAUCAUCCUUUUAUUAUGCUCCUUUCGAUUAUCAUUAUCUCUACGCUCAUUUUUGUUUUAAAAUGUUUUGACAUAGCCUUGAAUCGUUUGAUGAAACUUUUUUAUUAAUGCGACAUAAUAAUAUGAUUCCAAAUUUCUUAAAUUUAAAAGCAUAAUUGGAUCUAUGAAUAAUGAUCACUUCAUUACAUCCAUCUUGAUUUUAUAACCAGCAGAUUUUCAAGCUAUAUUCGCUCAUUUAAGAGUAUUCAUGAAUGUUAGAAAUAGAUAAGGAGACCUGAAAAAGAGACCCGGAAAUGCCCAAAAGACCACGAGGUACGGACGAAGUGAAGUCUCUAAUUGAUUUGAGACACGAUGAUCAGAGGAUAAACGUUAUUGCAGUGGUGUACUCCAGUACUCCUGCUACUAAAGCUAAAGGAGCGUCCCACUACGUAAAGUUCGACUUAGUAGACAACACCACCUCCAAUAUAGUCACGUGUCUAUUAUUCGGAGCGCUGGAGCUCCUCCCUGACGUCAGCACUUUCAGCCAUCCUGCUGUGAUCCGUCUCAGACGGUUCGAUGUGGUGACAUUCCAGGACCGAGCCCAGCUCCAGAACACUCCUGGUCACAGCUGGUGCAUGUUCGGUAGGGACACAGACUCUUUUAGACCUGAGGAUAGGAGUCAUGAGAACACUGCUAAUAGUUUGACCUCCGCGGAAAGGGACAGAAUCACGGAGCUGAGGUGUUGGCUCAGAUCGGAUAGUUUCAAUGAGACUGUUUAUGAGAGAGGUCCUGUUUACAUUCCAUCCCAAUUUGUUCCUGAGAGCACGAAUAGUAUUGUGAAACAGACCGGGAAAUUUAAUAAGUUUUCUACAGGUUACCUCUUGCUAAAAUACAUAGAAAACAACCUGUUCUUUGAUUUGGUAGCUCAAGUGAUCGGCAUUAGUUUCAAAACUGAAUGUUCCAUAAUCCGUUGUUUCGACGGAACUAAACCCUCCAUCAAGACCUUCAAGAACAAUUCUCUGUACAUGAAAACCCACCUCUCACAGCUAAUAACCGCUCAAUUGUUUGAUCUUUACGUUGAUAUCACAGUGUACGAUGAACACAACAUAGUGGCCGAAGCAGUGGAGGUCGGUAGUUUCCUGGAGUUUAAAAAUCUCCACUGUUACAUUCCAUUAAGUAGUGAAACCAGCGAGGUUAUCCUGCACAAGGGGUUUCAGUUUGGCAGAGGAAUGCGAAUACUGCUUCCUGACCACGACUCCAUUCCUUCAGUACAACAGAGAAUAGACGAGAUACAAGUUAAAAACACCACAACCUGGACUGCUCCUUCUCCUCCUUUAUACGAUGAAGAAUCUCCUCCCGUCACCCAGCUCAUCCACCCUGACCUACCCCUCUCCUCUAUUAUCGAUAUCCUAGAAGCAGAAAAAGACUCCACUUCCCCCUCCUCCCUGUACCGUAUCAGAGUGUUUGUAGACAGCUACACACCUGACAACUACCCCUCGUUCAUCAGGCAGUUCUGUGAACCUUGCAGCUCCUUCUCCUCCUCGGAACAAUGUGGGAAGUGUGAUGCUCUGUGUUUAAACCUGGAACUGUUCUUUAAACUCCAGGUCCGGGAUAUGCAGGAUGGGUUUGAGGGUGAAGUAAAGUGUUUUGCAAGUGCAGCGAGAGAGUUCCUAGGGGUGGAGGAAGGAGGAGGGUUGAGUAUGGGACGGUUGGAGGGGGUGGAGAGAGUGGUGGGACAGUGGUGUGAUCUCGGUGUUAUUUGUGUGAAGGGAGCUCUUCUUCUGAAGGGGUGCUCUAUUAAUGUGGGGUAAUUGUGUAGUUUCAAUGUGAGAUAUAGUGUCUUUAAACUGAUCCAUCUAUUCCUGGUAAGUAGACUGAGGAAUUCCGUGGUUUCUAUAUUAACUGUUAUUUACAGUUGUGGUUAAAUAACCAAACUUUAUUUUGAUUUCAUUGUUUUUAUUAAAGUUUCCAGUUUUAAUGUUCCAGAAUUGUUUUCCGGAGAAUUUUUUCCCCAGAGUUUUCCGAAAAUUCUUUUUUUAAAGUAUGAAUUAGUAAUUUAUAGACCACUGAUAUGUUUUGCUUGUUUAUUUAUUCACGGCUCACGCUUAUUAUAUAAUAUCGAACUAUUGUAUGUUUUAAAUUAUAUUGAAUAGCAUUGUUUUGGGAGUUUUUGAAUCGAUCUAAAUUCGUGAGUAGCUAUGUCUAUUGUCUCCUCUCAUUGAAUAUUAUUUAUUUGCAUUUUUCGCGACUGACUGUU